GAUUGGCACAGCUGCACUGGCAGUUCAAGUGGUCGGCAGCAACUGGCCCAAGCCCCAUUAUACGUUGCUAUUAACGGGCCUCUGCAGGUUCCAGAUUUUGCAGCUGGUGAAGGAAAAACCUUAUCCCGUUGCGGACGUUGAACAGUUGGAUCGGCUAGAACAAUUUACCAACAAGUCUGAAGAGGAGCUGGGAGAGUUGCCGGAGCAAUUCUAUAAAUAUGCAGUGCAGCUGGUUGAGAUGUUGGAUAUGUCCAUCCCGGCGGUGGCAAAACUGAGACGCUUGUUGGACAAUCUACCCAGAGAAGCUCUACCAGAUAUAGUCACCUCGAUCAUCCGUACCAGCAACCGGGAGAAACUUCAG